ACGCGCGCGUGCGCAUGUUCGGGCUUCUCAGCACCGCUCCGAUUCUCUUGCGGUGAUUUUAAAACAGCGGUUUAUAAUGUGAAAAGUUGUGACAUAGUUUAAAUUAUAGGUAUUUAUUGUAAAGAUGUGCUUGAACAAAUUUGGUUUGGCUGUGUUUUUAGUGUUAAUCAUGAAUAAUGAGAUCGAAACAGAAGCUAGUUUGAUGUCCAUGGUGGAUUUCCGGUACUGGCGAUGUGUUAUGAAAAACGACUGGGUCUGCCCUAAUAGCGAAAUCAAUUUCUAUUUGUUUACACCUUGUCCAUGAGCAGGGAGCACCCUCGCGCGCAGUGGGUAGACGUCAAGUUCACGAAGUACCUUAAGGAGUAUGGCUGGAAGAGGUCCAGGAAGAAUGUCCUAAUCAUCCACGGUUUCAACGGCACACACUCCAAAACACCUAUGUCAUUUAUACGUGAUGCUUACUUGUCUCGGGGUGAUUACAACGUGUUCAUGGUGGACUGGUCGCCGCUCACUAGGUUUCCUUGCUACCUCUCUUCGCUAUCCAACAUGAGACUAGCGUCGCAAUGCACAGCCCAGCUGUAUUCGCAGAUCACGCAGGCUGGAGCUCUAGCGAGGAUGAUCACGUGUGUCGGUCACUCCCUCGGGGCUCACAUCUGCGGCAUGAUAUCUAAUCAUCUCACCGAGAAGCAGUAUAAGAUUGUUGGCCUGGAUCCCGCUCGGCCGCUCAUCAACUCGUAUGGCUCCAAAGAGUUCCGACUUGGCAGGAGCGAUGCAGAAGUCGUCCAUGUGUUGCACACUAAUGCUGGCUUCUUGGGGGAAAGCGGGCAAGUCGGCCAUGCCGACUUCUGUAUCAACGGCGGUCGAUGGCAGCCGGGGUGCAAAGGACAUUUCAUGCGAGUCUCUCGGUGCAGCCAUUUCAAGAGUUCGUGUUACUUCGCGGCCAGUAUCAGAAAGCGCCUGCGCAUAGUCGGGGUUCCCUGUAAUACGAAGUGUCCGAAGGAGGGCGGACAUUGGGGUGUAAGGUUUGACAAGCGCGCCGUUAGGAUCGGGGAGGAUACGCCGGAUGGCUCUCGUGGAAUGUUUUGCGUUAGCAUCGACCAUGAUGAAGAUUGUCCAUUUGAUUAGCAACACCGACUUAAUUAAAUUAAAUUAAUAAAUUGUAAUGCACUCUUUGAUAUGUUUAGUUAUAAAAAUAUAUUUGAAUAAAUUCAUAUUGCGGCUUUUCAGCCUAAAUUAUAGCCAUGUGCUGAUUUCAGAAUUUAUGGAAAAUUCAAUUUUCUGCUAAAAUGUCAUACAAAUAUACGAUUAUUAUUAAGGUUC